AUGGGGUUAUUCACUCUAUAUGCUCUAGUUUACACUGCCAAAUCUCUCAUAAAGUCCCUGUUUCGAUUGUUCAUAGAGAUGAAGAUGAAGAUGAAGAUGAGGGAAAGGUAUUACGAGAUUCUCGCUCGUUUCUAUACCAUGGAUGGAUACGAACGCAAAGACUCACCAUCAUCAAUACCAUCUAUGGAAAUGGCAGCAGUGGACAUGAACAUGAGAGAAGCAGUGGCAGCUGUGGAAGGUCUCCUCUGCUACCGAUUCAGGGACAAAACUCUCCUCCAGGAGGCCUUGACCCACUCCUCUUAUACCCAAUCUCCCUCAUACCAGCGCCUAGAGUUCGUAGUCGAUGCCGCUCUCGGCCCUGCCCUUGCACAGUACGUUUUCCGAGCUUAUCCUGGACUCAACUAUGGCCAGCUCUCUCUUCUCCGCGCCGCCAACAUGAGCACCGAGAACCUCGCCCGCAUCGCCGUUCGCCACGAACUCUACCGCUAUGUCCGUCGCAAUGCCCCUUCUCUUGAUGCCAAUGUUAGGGAGUUCGUCCUAGCAAUUCAAGGUGAAGGCCGCGCCGUUACCAACUGUGGAUCGGUUGAAGCACCUAAGAUUUUGGCUGGCAUUGUUGAAUCCAUUGCCGCAGCUGUUUAUGUCGACUGUAAUUAUGACUUCAAAGCUCUAUGGGAGGUUCUUAAAAGUUUUAUGGAGCCAAUUAUAACCCUUGAAACCUUACCCAAGCAUUCACAGCCGACGACCUUGCUGUAUGAGCUCUGCCAGAAGCGGGGCAAGAAAAUUGACAUUGAGAGUGACGAAGACAUUAAGAGUUCUUCGUGGACCGCUUUUGUUUAUGUGGACGAUAAGCUCAUUGGCUCUGGUUCUUCGGGGCAAACGAAAAAAAUUGCAAAAUCUAAUGCGGCGAAAGAAGUCUUGGAGAAGCUGCUGUGGGAAUUUGACCAUUCUGAGACGGAGACUGAAGUUGGUCAUGGAAUUGACGAGAUUAAGGGGGCUAAGAGCAAGUUGAAUAAUCUCUGUCGAAAGAAGAGGUGGGAUGUGGUUGAGUAUAGGUACGUACGCACUACGAUUCCUUCUCCUACUCAAGUUUGUUUCUACUUGAUUGCUUAUGCUAGUUAUACAACACAAACUUCAGUAGGUGUUGUUGUAAAUUGA